GUACCCGGCAAUCCCGCGAAUAGCGCAGUGGCGAGUUAGUCGUGCUAGGAGCUAUAGUCUAUAUCGCCACUGUUUGAUAUGGAAUUUAUCCCUUUUAAUCUGGGAUCAGGAUUACGUCUAAGAAGCUAAAGACACACCAGCAUGCCGGAGGAUUCGGUGAAAGUGGCCGUUAGGGUCCGCCCCUUUAACCAAAGGGAGAAGGACCGCCAGGCCAAGUUGAUCAUCAAGAUGCAGGGCAAGAUGACCAUGAUCAUCAACCCAGACGGAAACAAUGAAGAUCCCAAAAAGUUUUCCUUUGAUUACUCGUACUGGUCACAUGAUGGCUAUUUGGAAGAGAAUGGUUUGCUGGUACCACGACCAGGAUCGAACUAUGCAAGUCAGCGGAAUGUAUUUGGUGACCUGGGACAAGGCGUGCUGGACAAUGCCUUUGAAGGUUACAACUGCUCGCUGUUUGCGUACGGCCAGACGGGCUCAGGGAAGUCCUACUCCAUGGUGGGCUAUGGAGCAAAUAAGGGAAUAGUCCCUAUCACCUGUGAUGAACUGUUUAAGACAAUGGAUGCUAACACAGAUCCUAACAAGAGGUUUGAGGUGACCUUCUCCAUGUUGGAGAUCUACAAUGAGCAGGUGCGUGACCUUCUGUCCAAAGAUAACCCGAAGGGCGGACUCACGGUGCGGCAGAACCCCAAACUUGGCAUGUUCUACGUGGAGAAUCUGAAACGUGUACCAGUUGGCAGCUACGAGGAAAUUGAAAAGAGAACGGAACAAGGUACGGCAAGUCGAACGGUGGCAUCUACCAACAUGAACGCCACCAGUAGUCGGGCUCACACUGUUGUCACCAUCACAUUCGACCAGAUCAUCAAGAACGAGGUUGGCUCGGAGACGAAGAAAAGCAGUGUGAUGAACUUGGUGGAUCUGGCUGGUUCUGAGAGAGCUGACAGUACCGGUGCCACAGGAGAUCGUCUCAAGGAGGGAGCCAACAUCAACAAGUCCCUCUCAGCGCUCGGAAAUGUCAUAUCGGCGCUGGCCGACCUGUCGAUGGGGAAGAAGAAGAUUGUGGUGCCGUACCGAGAUUCGGUCCUUACCAAGCUGCUCCAGAACGCUCUUGGAGGAAACAGUAAAACUGUUAUGAUCGCUGCCCUUUCACCUGCUGACAUCAACUACGAUGAAACGUUGGGAACGUUACGAUAUGCAGACCGUGCCAAAAAAAUUAAGAAUCAAGCUGUCAUCAAUGAAAAUCCACUGGACAAAAUGAUAAGAGAACUCAAGGAAGAGAACGACCGAUUGAAGCGUGCCCUGGAUGGUGGGGGAGUCAUUGGUGGCGGAGAUGUGACCAUGUCACCAGAAGACCAGAUGCAGAUGAGGAAGAAGAUGGAGGAGGAGAUCCGGGCACAGCUGAUGGCCAACCAGCAGCUCCUCACAGACAACAUCCAGAACUGGGACCAGAAGCUGACCGAGGCGCGGCACGAGACAGACGCCAUCACCCAGGCUGACCACCGAGAAAUGUCCAAGAAGAAGACAAUGCCUCACAUGGUCAACCUGAAUGAGGACCCCAUGCUCUCAGGGGUCGUGUUCCACUUCCUUGAACAAGGGGACACAACUAUUGGCAGGAAAGAUGCAAGCCCACAACCAAAGAUUUGCCUCAGCGGACUUAGCAUACAGAAGCAGCAUGCAGUCAUCUACAACACAAAUAAUGGCGUCGAGAUCGAACCUGUUGGCAACCACGGCGCCAAGACCAAGGUGAACGGAUUGCCACUUGCCGGCCGCAAACAGCUGUGCCAUAAAGACAGGAUUCUGUUUGGUUCGAAUCACCUGUAUGUGUUCAUGAACCCCCUGAAGCCCGAGACCGAUGUGGACCUCCCAGCCCAGAUCACGUGGGAGUUUGCCCAGAAGGAGAUCGCGCAGGCCAAGGGUUUUGCCACAGGAUCAGCGGGCAUGACAAAAGAACAGCAGAUCGCCCAGGAGCAGAUCCUUGAGAUCCUCCCAAUGGUGUCGGAGGUCAAUGCUGUGUCGGAGGAACUCAACAAGCAGAAAAACUUCGAGGUUGUCCUGAUCUCCGCAGCAGCGCAGGAGGGACAGGGCGGCCAGAAGGGAACAAGUGUUGGCAUUUUCACUCCAAUAGUGAUGGUGAAGAUGAAGAACCUUCUUAAUGGCAACACCUGGCUGUGGGAACGAGGCAAGUUCAUGAACAGGCGCUACCUCAUACAGGAAAUGUAUCAACGCUAUUUGGACGGAGAGGACGUUUCACACAUCAAGAAGGAAGAUGACCCGUUCUGGGAGCCAACGGAGGAUGUGCUGAUUGGUACUGCCAACGUGUUUCUUCAGUCACUGGCUUUCGGGCUAGACUUUGACGACAAGGUUGUCAUCACGGAUUACAAGGCGCAAGAGGAAGGAUUUCUGUUUGUGAAUGUCACACCGUGUACUCAAUCCGGCAAACCUUUUGAUGAGGAAUACUUUGUGGAAAGCCCAAACGAGCUGCUGCAGAAACCGUAUCACUUCAAGGUAACGAUACAGAGUGCGGACAUCAACAAGCCACGUUUCUCGAAAGGUGUCCGCAUCAAGUACAAAGACUACAAGGGGGAGUUUGUGGAGACGCCGAUGAUCAGCGGUAGCCUGCAGCCAGAGUUUAAGCACUCCAAGAUCAUCUCCUUCAGCGAGGUCACCCAGGAACACCUCACCUUCUUCGAGAAAGGCAACAUCGCGUUCCUGGUGUAUGGCGUUCAGGAGGACACCGUGCAUGACCGCCGGCUGCUGAAGCUGUCCACAAGGGAACUCCGUCAGAUGGAGCAAAUGGGCAAUAUGGCAGAUAACGGGCGCCGAGGCACCAUAUUUGGCAACGAUGCUGCAGUGUCUGAACAGUCCCAUCUGAAGACCGAGAUCGUACUUCUUCAGAGGAAAUACGAGAGGCUGGCACAGAAGGAGAAACGGAUGCAGCAACUAUGUGACGAAUGGUCCAAGAAACAACCAGACCAACAACAGUUUGAGCCAUUCUUACGUUCAGUGUCGGCUGUUGCCAACAGUUCAGGGACAAGACUCAAGACUCGUGUACAGCUACUCAACCAGGUUUCAGAAGAGAAAGAUGACGAUAUAAUUAGCUUGUAUGUAUUUGGUGAAGAGGAAUCAGCUUUAGCAGAAGAGGCUGAUCAGAAUGCGGGGCUCAUCGAAUACAAUAAAGUGGCCAAACACCAUUUUGAAUAUGAUAAACCUGCAAUGCCCAGACAGAAUACGUUUAUUAAGUCCCGGAGUUUCGACAGCGAUUCAUUAGGAUCAGUAGACCUAGAACCCUUCAUGAAAACCCCUAGCGAUCGUGAAAAUAAUAACAAGCCUCGCAAUCGAAAUAAGAAUGGACUGAACGCAUCUCAGCGACAGCCAAGAGCAAGGAGCAUGGGAGACUCUGCAGCUCAGAAUGGGGGACAAAAUGGCCGUGUUACCAAGAGCAAUGGAAAAGACAAAGAAGGGAGUUCUGCCUGUGUGAUGCAGUGAUACAGGAUGGAAGAUGGGGAGGCUGAGAUGGUCGUGGCGAUGCAGAGACGGAACAUUCGGAUGCAGUGAUAGAGGAUGGAAGAUGGCGAUGCAGUGAUUGACAAAGUUUACUUCUGUGAUAUGAUGUUGUUAUUCAUGAUGUAACAUGUAACAACGUUGUUAUUAUUUUUGGUAUAUGUAAUCACAGGAGUCCGUAUCUAAAAAUAGACGCCCUCAUGCAUAUUCAUGACCAUCUCCACACGCGAGCCCGAAGGGUCAUGAAUAUGCAUGAGGGCGUCUAUUUUUAGAUACGGACUCCUGUGAUGUAAUACCCUGUACACUGUUAGAAUAAUAAAAUAUGAUGCAUUGUUGUACAUAUUGAUGCAAAGUUUGGGUCUUGUUACCAUAUCAUGCACCUUUGUAGCUGACACACAUUGUGCAACCCUUGUGCUACAUUUGCGUCAUAAGUUGGAUGCAUUAGCCACAUGCAUCAUGGAGCUACUUGUGAAUAGUGUCCUUGCAAUACACAGUAAAUUGUAUACAUACUUACAACUGGGCAGAAAUAUAUCAUGCACAAUGUUGCUUUCUAACACAAGCUGCAGAAAUUGUUUACUUCAUGAAGCGAGGUUGUUAGAGGUUUGUCAGUGUGUAUAACAUGCAAUACGAUAUAUACUCAGACUGUUAUUUUGUGAGCGUCUUCAUGUGAAAGUGAAAUCCCUUAACUGUUAGAUGUGAACUUGUCCACACCAGUGAGGAGUCGAUGAUGGAUUCUUGAGAUUAUGGCUCAAAUCCCGAUCCCAACCACAGUCUAAACCCCAAUUCAACCCCAAACUUGACCCCAAAACCAAUGUAACCCCAAUCCCGAUCCCAUCACCAGCCCCAACCCAUAUUUAACCCGAAUCUUGACCCCAACACCAUUGUAACCUCAAUCCCGAUCCCAACACCAGCCCCAACCCAUAUUUAACCCCAACACCAAUGGAACCCCAAUCCUGAUCCCAACGCCAGCCCCAACCCAUAUUUAACCCCGAUCUCGACCCCAACCCAACCCCACCCUUAUCCCCAUCGAAAUCUAUAUAAGCAUCAUCCCAGGCAGGAUUGAAUGUCGUGUAUAUAUACUCACCGCCAAAAGAAACGCGAAUACCAUGGUUAAUAUAUGAAGAAUAAUUAAUAUUCAAGAGAUAUUAGAUUGGUUCGAGGCCUAGCAAACAUGCUGAUAUGUUGUGUAGACUGACUGUCGCAUGUGACGUCAUCGAUCCAUGACUCUAGAUGCACCGUUUGUCUCAUGCAGGAUUAGUGUGUAAAGUUUGGAAAUCACAUGCGGCAUAUCGUGAUAAGAAUAUAGACAAUGUGGUAACACUUG